GUUGGAGGAUGCUCGACGACGCCAGUGGCGCCAACACGUGACGUCGUCCCCGUUGCGAUAAGCCAGUGCGCUGCGCGGAGCAGCGAAGACGGACGGACGCCGGCGUCUCCCUGCGGUCUUCUACUGAGAAAACCAAAAGCAAAAUGAGGCACUCGGGAAUGGCCAUUGGCAUAUUAUUUCCGCUUUAUUUCCUGGCCGGUUUCUUGGUUGCGUGUGAAGCGGCUGACUGCCGAUGGGCUUGGGCUGCACCGGAAUUAGGAACCAGUCGGCUGCAAAUCUAUGACGGCAAGCCGCCGUCGGCACCUCAUCUUGGUGGUUCAUCGGCCCUGGCCCCGGUGGCAUGGGCGAAUUUCCGAGACGACAUCCAGAACAGCGGCUGGGCCUACCUGGAGGUGGAGUCGAGCCCGAACGUCCCGGACGAAGUCCAGGCUUACGCCGCCGGUGCCCUGGAGGCGUACCUGACGCGCAGUCUCAUGGAGGCUCAGUGGGAGAACAUGUUCGCUCACUACUGCGACAACCAGACCGAGUUCUGCGCUAAGGUGUACGAUUUCCUCCAGAAGAACCUCGACUACUCGAGCCGAAACGAGAAGCGUCUGCGAGCCGUCGACCCGUACUGGAACUUGGUACACCUCCAAAUGCGACAACUUCGUGGUUUGAGCGACGCCUUCGAGGAUGUCCCGCUUGACGCAUCGCGGGAGACUACAAAUGUCACCAGAGCUUUAUUCUUCAGCCUCGUGGGAGAUUUCUUGGACCUUGAGCCAACCCUGAGGCGCACUGCAGAUUUGCACUCUCUGAGCCUGGUGCCAGCGUGUUCGGCACUGGUUAAAGUCGUCGGAGACAACGAAGAUCUCUUCGUGGCCCAUGACGCGUGGUUCCUGUACAAGAGCAUGCUGAGAAUUCAGAAGAAGUACACAUUUCCCUGGCACUACGCGCCGGACACUAUGGGACCAAAUGGUAUCAUUCCCGGCCACACGAUAACCAUGUCCUCAUACGCCGGCAAGCUGGUUUCCUUGGACGACUUCUACCUGACAUCUGCCGGUCUGGCCGUGACAGAGACGUCGAUCGAGAACAGCAACCCGGACCUGUGGCUGCUGAUCGACCCCGAGGCGUCGCCGUUGGCUUGGGUGCGCGCCAUGGUGGCGACAAGGCUUGCUACGUCCGGACGCGAAUGGGUCGACAUAUUCGCCAAGAAAAACAGCGGCACGUACAACAACCAGUGGAUGGUUGUCGACUACAAGCUCUUCAAGCCUGGAACUGCUAUUGUGAACGACACGCUGUGGAUCCUCGAACAAAUGCCUGGAAUAAUGCGUCAAAAGGACGUCAGUGACAUUCUUCGAAAAAAGUCGUAUUGGCCCAGCUACAAUGUCGCCUACUUCGAAGACAUUUUCGUGAUAAGCGGUCAAACAGAGCUUGUGGAAGAGUAUGGAGAUUACUACAGCUACGACAAGGCACCGAGGGCAAACAUAUUCAGGCGAUACCACACGAACGUCACUGACCUGGAAUCCAUGACGGCCCUGAUGAGGUACAAUGACUACACCCACGACCCGUUAUCCCAGUGCAACUGCACUCCGCCGUACAACCCAGUGUACGCCAUAUCGUCCCGCUACGACCUGCUGGACCCGCACGGGAAGUACGACGUUCCGAAAAUGUACCCACGGCCAGUCGGUGGCAUCGACAUGAAGCUCACCAACUACGAACAAUUCAAACAGCAGCAGUUCUUCGCUAUCAGUGGUCCGACAUGGAGCCAGCAACCGGUGUUCCAGUGGAGCACCAGUGGUUUCAACGACAGCCACGUCGGCCACCCCGACCGGUGGGAGUUUGGCCCCGUGCUAAACCACUGGGGAUCCUGCAGGUAGUGAGAUGGCACGUACUAGGAGAUGAAUAAAUCAUAGCGCGAUUGUCUCAAGCAA